ACGAGGUGCGAGAGCGCGCGCGCGCGCGCGCGCUCAGACAUUCCCACACACGCCUGUCUCUGUGUCUGUGAGGACGGCUGUGUGCGCUGGCGAUAUAUUUACGUGUGAAUGCACGAACGGGGGACGACAGAUGUUGCGUUUCAUUAGGGCCCCGCAUAACAGCACUGGCACGCCGGGUUGUCGCUGGCAACCAGCGGCGAACGGCUGGCCGUUGAAUCAAUAGCCAGGAUGGCACGCUACUAGUGGUGCUCUAGUAGUAAGGUGCGGUUGCCGCACUCGCACGACGCCGAAGAUGUCGACACCGAAACCGAUUCUGAAUGCGGAAAAUCUCGCGCUAACGAACAAAAAGAUUGGCGAGCUGAAGAAGAAGGUAAUGCUGGCCGAGGGCCAGAAGAAGGCGUACACGGAGGAGUGGAACGAUAAGCGGAAAGCCCAGAACGACCGGAUGGCCGAGCUGCGGAAGGAGGUGCGGGAGCUGACGAACAAGCUGUCCUACCUGCACAACCCCAACAGUGCGAAGGCACAGAAGAACGUGCAGGAGAUCAAGCGGCGCCUGCCCCUGCCGCCGGGUGCGAAAUCGAUCUCCGGCGCACUGCAGAUCGUCGACCUGAAGAUCAUCGACCUGCACAAGCAAACCGACGUGGUGGAGGACCGGAUGCGGAAGCGGGAUCACGCCCUCAAGCGACUGGUCGAGCACUACCACACGCUGAUCGGGUACCGGGACGCGAAGAGCGACGGCUCGAACCCGCCCGAAACGGUCGAGGAGGACGCAAACCGGAAGCUGAUCACGCGGCUCGAGAACGAGAUCCACCGGACGACGGUGCAGUGGAUGGAGGCGGAACAUAUCCGGAAGAAGUACCGCGGCAUCAAGUCGUCCCUGAUGCACGAUGCGGAAAAGUUCGAAAGCUCACUGCUGGACCUGGAGCACGCGAUCACGGAGCAGCAGGCCGAGAUUAACAAGCUGGAGGAGGUGCACAAGGAGGCGGUGCAGAUGCGGGACAGCACGAAAACGAUCCUGCAGCGCCAGGAGCAGACGACGCACUACUCGAAUAAGGCGCGCGAAAAGCAAGCACAGGACUUCCGGCGGCAGGUGGAGGAGCGGAAGCUGGAGCUCGAGCGGUUGGAGCGUAAGAUUUUCUCCUCGGGCAAAACGCUCAUCCACCAGGAGAGCGUCCUGUCCGGGUCGGGUGAGCAGGGGCGUGGCGGCGGCGGCGGCGGCGGCGGCGGUGGUGGUGGUGGUGCCAACGGGACCGGUGACGAUGGGAGCGGCGGAACACACGACAAGGACUGUGCGUCCGAGAUGGAGCAGAAAUUCAAAAAGCUGAUGCAGGCGACGGGCGUGAGUGCGGCGGGCGAGGUGGUGGACCGAUUCCUGGCCCAGCGGGAAGCCUCGGCCCGGCUCACCUACUUGCGCACGGUGACGGAAAACGAGAAGAAACAGCUGGAGGCACAGCGGGAGCUGAUGAAGGCGCAGCUCGAUGCGUUCAAGUUUGCCGAUGUCAAGGAUAGCGAUGUCAAUCAGGAGGAGCUGGAAAAGAUCAAAAACUCCAUCGACGAGCAGAAGCAACGGCGGGAGGAGUGUGAGAAGGCGAUCGACUACACGCGCAACGUGUUCGACACGAUCAAGGACGCACUGAUCGAGCUGCUGCUGAAGCUGCGCGAGAUCGAGGAAAGCCUGGAUGCGGCCUACGGGAGCCGGCGUAUGACGCUGAAGCCGCCGGAGCUGAAGGACAUUGCUUCGGGCCGGAUGGCCGUCGAGGAGCUGGGCAGCUUGCUGGAGGAGCGCAUCAAGCUAGGGCUGAUCGCUAGCGGACAGCUGGCGGUGGACCUCGACAGUGGACUUUCCGAGGAGGAUGACGAUAGGGCCGUCACUGGUGCACCGGUGUCUACCACACCGAGCACGGUGAGUACGGUGGGGCAGCACCAGCAGCAGCAGCAGCAGCAGCAGCAGCAGCUCGCCCCCACCACAACCGGCCCCAGUCCAGCGGGUGGCACGAGCAGCAGCGCCAUGUCCACGUCUUCGCCGGCCGAAGACCGGGAAAAACCGCCCGCCUACCCACCGGUGUACAUGAACUUAAUAGCGGGCCGUACCACCGCCCAAAUCUCUUCCGCUUCGCCCGGUCAGGGCACCACGGUGGUGCUGUCGGAUGACGAAGGUGACGUUCCAUCGCGUAGCUAUCUGAAACGGCAGGCCAACAUGAUUAUCGAGGCAAAGUCGCGCCGCAAAGGUUUCCGCAUGCCCGUCCCCAAACGGCGCUGAGAACGGGGGAUGAGACAAAAGAAGAGGAAAGAAAACUAAAAUGAAACCGCUUUCGAUUGUA